AUGGCUGGCUGCGCCCGCAAAUUUUCUCACCUCGGUAAACGGGUCCAUCGCCCCGGAGUUCGCGUGUUGAUUGCGAGACGACGGAAACGGUGGUUCAAAUUCAGAAAAAGAAAAGGAGAGAAAAGGCCAAGGUCUAACCACAAGGCAGUGGCAAGAAGGAUUAAAGUCAAGUUCUCUACUUCAGAAAAGCUUCACUGGCCUGAGCAAGAACUUGCUAAGAAGUCUGUUCUAAAUGCAGAAGAGUCAUUGAUCACUGACAGCAAAAGAAGCAUUUCACAUUUAUCUACUGGGAUACUAAAGGACAUUUUCACAACUGGAACCAGUAGUUACAAUGUUUUGCUACAGAGCAAAGAGGAGAAAAAACAUCAUUCACAAAAACAGCCUUCUUCCACCUACUCCAAAAGAUGUAGAAAGCCCAGCAAAUCUCCUAGUUCUUCUCGUAGUAAAGAUCUUCGCAAGAUGAAAGCCCCAGUGCCUGUGAUGAGCAGUGGUACUUGGUACUGCCUAGAAAGGCAGCCUGGUGUCUUUGUCACUAGUUCAGUGUCGAGUCCUAUAAAGUUUACACAUGAUAUCUCUGUUACAGGGAGCAGCAUAGUACUGCCGCCUAAACCCAAAAACAAGGUAAAGCGACGCCAUUUCUCCACUCUGCCAAAGCCAAAGCCACAGCCUCAGCUGUCUAGAAGUUUUGAAAAGGGAGAUGACUUUUCUGGGAAGAAAUUUUGUAUACUGACUGCUAUAAAGCCCACCAACUUGGAGAAAGAAAAACUGAGAUUUUUCAAGUCUGACUAUACCUACAAUCCUCAGUUUGAAUAUGCAAAUCCAUCUCUGCCAAGUGUGUUGGCCAAACACAGCAAUGCAUCUGACCGAUUUCUUAAACAGUCCAUCAAUAUUAUGGAACUGACUUUACAGAAAUAUGGAAGUUAUGAAAAAUUUGAGCAGGCCACCGGUGGCAGCCUGCUAUCUAAAACUCGAAUCUGGAGUCACGUUAGGAAGUACAUGAUGAAAGAAGGCUGCAUGGGUGAGAUUGUGGUACAUCUCACUGAAGAUCUGCUUUCCCGAGCUUCGAUGACAGUGGUAAAUGGAUGUCCAACGCUGACCAUCAAUGUUUCCACUGCACGUGAGCACUGGCUGGAGGGAAUGCUGAGGCAUGAAAUAGGCACACAUUAUUUUCGAGGUAUUAACAACCUUCAGCAGCCAUGGAACAGUUGGACUGGUCGUAAAAAACAUGAGCUAAAGCCAAACAAUCCCACAGAGGAAGGACUGGCAAGUAUUCACAGUGUCCUUUUUAGAAAAGACCCCUUUUUAUGGAGGGCUGCCCUCCUCUACUACACUGUUUAUCGAGCCAGCCAAAUGUCUUUUUGUGAACUCUUCAAAGAUAUUGGAAAGUUUGUCAAAGACCCCAAUACAAGAUGGGAUUAUUGUGUACGAGCGAAGAGGGGAUGGACUGAUACUUCUCAACCAGGGUGCUUCAGUAAAGACCAGGUCUACUUGGAUGGCAUCCUGCAGAUCCUCCGGUACAGAGAGACCAUUGACUUUCAUCUGCUGACUGCUCUGGGGAAGGUCUCUUACGAAGAUGUGGAUCGCUUAAAAGGAUUGGCAGUUAUUGAAAACAUGAGGGUCCCUCAUUUCCUGCAGGACCAUGGCCGAUACAUGGAACAUUUAGAGAAGAUCAUGGAAGUGAAUGAAUUGACUGACAGGGAACUGAAAGAUCUUAUAUAUUAA